CCUGGAGUAUUCGACGGCAUCUCAGCACACGUUGCCAACUCCAUAGGAUUCGACUGGAUCUACCUCGCAGGCUCCGGAACCUCAGGCAGCUACUGCGGUGAACCUGACCUCAGUGUUAUCACCAACACCGAAAUGGCUGAGGUCGGGCGCAUGGUCGUCCAGGCAUGCGAGGGAACGCCGGUGAUCGCGGACGCGGACACCGGUUUCGGGGGCCCGUUGAACAUUUCGCGUACGAUUGCUAUGUACGAAGCUGCCGGUAUUGCCGGAUGUCAUAUUGAGGACCAGACAUUCCCCAAACGAUGUGGCCAACUUGAUGGGAAAGAUGUCGCUGACAUUGACACCUACGUGGAACGUAUAAUCGCUGCUGUCAAAGCCAGGCGCAACCCGGACUUCCUUAUCAUCGCCAGAACGGACGCGCGCAACGCCAUCCAAUUCGGCGGUCCCGACGCAGGCGAGCACGCAUUCGAAGAGGGCGUCAAGCGUCUGAAAGCUGCUCUGGAUGCCGGUGCGGACAUGGCGUUCAUGGAGUCCCCGCGUGGAAGGGAGGAGUGCGCACGAUUGGUCAAGGCACUCGAGGGUAAACCGGUCAUGAUCAAUGUGCUUCCGGACGGUCUCACAGGGAACCUGACGACGCAGGAAUGCACUGAUCUCGGCUUUGCCUCCGUGAUGUAUCCUUGCACUGGAUUUGUGCCUGCCAUGCUCGCCUUGCAGCGCAGCUAUGGCAUGUUAAAGGCAAGUAUUCCGCCGGACAGCGUUCGUCGUGUUGUUCUCACCAAUCCCGAUCCAGAACGAAGGAAGCGACUUGAAGGCGUGCGAAGGCAAGACCAUCAAGGACUUCUUCCAACAGGUUGGUUACUGCUGUCCGUAUCAGCGAAAUCCUUAACAACUCACGUAUCCCUUGAUGAACAGGUUGGCCUCAAGCAGGCGUUCGAGUACGUAGGAGAGGUCGAAAAGGAACAGAAGAGGGACGUGCCAGGAGAUCGCUACGAGAACCUCAGGCAUGAUCAACUAUUCUGA